AUGUCUGAAGUAGCUGCCGACACUUUCCCCAGCCCCUCAGCUCAGCUGAGCCUUGAUGCGUCCCUCGACGGGCUCCCGGCUGAGGACAACAUGCCGGGGACCCAAAGAGAGGACAGGAGGGUCCAGGGGAUAGCAGGCCUUGCCGCGACCUGCUGUGUGUGCCUGGAGGCAGAGCGACUGAAGGGCUGCCUCAACUCUGAAAAGAUCUGCAUCGCCCCUAUCCUGGCUUGCCUGCUCAGCCUUUGCCUCUGCAUUGCUGGCCUCAAGUGGGUCUUUGUGGACAAGAUUUUUGAGUAUGACUCUCCUACCCACCUUGACCCUGGGAGGAUAGGACAAGACCCAAAGAGCGCUGUGGAUCCUACAGCUCUAUCUGCCUGGGUGCCUUCGGAGGUCUAUGCCUCACCCUUCCCCGUACCUAGUCCCAAGAGCAAGGCUGAAGCGACAGUGCAAAGUGACAGCUCGCUUGUGCCCUCCAAAUCGUUCCUCCAGCCUUCUCUGUAUAACCGCAUCCUAGAUGUUGGCUUCUUGUCCUCUGCCGCACCUUCGCUGUCACCACCCGCCCUGGAGCCUACCACAGCGUCUCAGGCACAAGCAACUGAAACCAAUCUCCAAACUGCUCCAAAACUUUCCACUUCCACAUCUACAACUGGGACAAGUCAUCUCACGAAAUGUGACAUAAAGCAGAAAGCCUUCUGCGUAAAUGGGGGAGAGUGUUACAUGGUUAAAGACCUCCCAAACCCUCCAAGAUACCUAUGCAGGUGCCAACCUGGAUUCACUGGAGCAAGAUGUACUGAAACUCUGCCCAUGAAAAUCCAAAACCAAGAAAAGCAUCUUGGGAUUGAAUUUAUGGAAGCUGAGGAACUGUACCAGAAACGGGUGCUGACCAUAACUGGCAUUUGCAUUGCUCUUCUAGUAGUUGGCAUCAUGUGUGUGGUGGCCUACUGCAAAACCAAGAAACAGAGGAAAAAGUUGCACGACCGCCUUCGGCAGAGCCUACGCUCAGAAAGGAACAAUGUGAUAAAUAUGGCCAACGGGCCACACCACCCCAACCCGCCACCAGAUAACGUCCAGCUGGUGAACCAGUACGUUUCAAAAAAUGUAAUCUCCAGUGAGCAUGUCAUCGAGCGAGAAACAGAGACCUCAUUUUCUACGAGCCAUUACACCUCAACAACACAUCACUCCGUGACAGUCACCCAGACACCCAGCCAAAGCUGGAGUAAUGGCCACACUGAAAGCAUCCUCUCCGAAAGCCACUCAGUGCUCGUCAGCUCCUCCUUGGAGAACAGCAGGCACACCAGCCCAGUGGGGCCCCGGGGCCGCCUCAAUGGCAUUGGCGGGCCACGGGAAGGCAACAGCUUCCUCCGGCAUGCAAGAGAGACCCCUGACUCCUACCGAGACUCUCCUCACAGUGAAAGGUAUGUCUCAGCUAUGACCACACCAGCUCGCAUGUCACCUGUCGAUUUCCACACUCCGACUUCUCCCAAGUCCCCCCCCUCCAAAAUGUCGCCACUGGCUUCCAGCUUGACCGUCUCUAUCCCUUCGGUGGCGGUGAGUCCCUUCAUAGAAGAGGAGCGACCGCUGCUCCUGGUGACCCCGCCACAGCUACGUGAGAAGUACGACCACCACCUUCAGCAGUUCAACUCCUUCCACCAUAAUCCUGCCCACGAGAGCAACAGCCUGCCGCCAAGUCCUCUGCGGAUAGUGGAGGACGAGGAGUAUGAGACCACACAGGAGUACGAACCAGCACAGGAGCCUCCAAAGAAACUCACCAACAGCCGAAGGGUCAAAAGAACAAAGCCCAAUGGCCACAUUUCCAGCAGGGUGGAAGUGGACUCCGGCACGAGCUCUGAGAGCAGCAGCUCUGAGACCGAAACCGAAGAUGAAAGAAUAGGUGAGGCUACACCAUUCCUGAGCAUACCGAACCCCAUGGUGACCAGUCUGGAGCCGGCCGCUGCGUACCGGCUGGCUGAAAGCAGGACUAACCCAGCAAAUCGCUUCUCCACACCAGAAGAUUUGCAAGCAAGGUUGUCCAGUGUGAUAGCUAACCAAGACCCUAUUGCUGUAUAA